AUGGACAACCAUCACAGCUCCAAGGUCGAGGUCGAGGCUGCGCGUGCUCGUCGUAACAACCUAUCGAGGAAAAUAUUCGACUGGAUCUCAAAACCUCAUCCGCAAGACAUCACCCCGUUCCAGAAGUCCAUCCUCGGUGUCGAUUGGGACAAGUCACCACUUGGUCCUAUCUCAACGUGGCCUAUCCAGCUGAAGCAAAUGGUCUUAUUGGUUGUUCAGGACCACGCCCCAGCGUUGAUUUUUUGGGGAGAUGAGAAUACUGUUAUUUACAAUGAAUAUUUUGCGCCGCUCAUAGGCAACAAGCACCCGGCGCUUCAAGGUCAGGAUCCGUAUGUCGGAAUGCCCGAGAUUUGGGACCGUUUCGACGGGUUAUUGGUUACCCAGCGUGAAACUGGGGAGGCCCUUUUUGAAAGAAACGAUUGUUUAAUGCUCUACAGACAUGGUUUCCUCGAAGAAACAUAUUUUAACUGGAAGUCAAUCCCCGUCAUAGGCCCAGAAGGUUGGGUGGUCGGGAUCUAUGCUACAGUCGUCGAAGUGACGAGAGAAGUGUUAUCAGAUCGAAGGAAGUCUACCGUCAGGUUACUCAGUCGGGAGCUGUCUGAAGCAAGCUCAAUCCAGGAAAUGUGGAAGGGCCUAAUAACAGGAAUUCAGAGUGCAGUUAUAGAUAUUCCCUUUGCGCUGCUUUAUUCCUGUGCUCCAAGGAAGGGAAGCGGCGAAUCAAAGUCUCCCCAAUCUAUUCUCGCUAGCGAAAUACAAUGCUCUCUUGAAGGCUGCGUAGGGAUCGCGUCGGGGCAUGCUUUAGCUCCAGAGACCAUCGAGUUGGAUCACGAGGAUCAAUCUGAGCUUGGUCCAUGGGUGCGCAAAGCCUUGGAGGAAAGAGCGCCAACUCUGAUCCCUAUACCAGACACAAUGCAACCCAUAGAAUGGCGUGGCUAUGGUCGUCCUACUCAGGGCGUGAUCUGUCCAAUCAUCCCCGCCAAUACAGAGAGUGCUCUUGCAUUUUUGAUUCUUGCGUUGAACCCGCGGAGACCGUUUGAUGAGGAUUAUCAGAAUUUUAUUCAUCUACUCACUCAACAAAUUACGAUGCCGCAACUUUCAGCCAUGAUUCUCCGCGAAGAAGUCGAGAGGAGACGAAAUUUAGCUAGGCAAGAAGCUUUAGAUCGAGAAAGGCUACACAAAGAGCUUUCGGAUAGUGAAACAAAGUUCGCCAGAUUCGCAAGUCGAGCCCCUAUUGGGCUGGCAAUCCAAGAUACUAAUGGCAAAGUACUAUCUGCUAAUGAUAUUUGGACGAACUUGACAAUGCUAGGCAUCGGAAGUGAACAGGGGGCCUGGGAAACGGUGCUUGCAGAUGGAGAAUCGGAGCUAUUAUCAGGCGUUUGGGCGCAGAUGAUCCACGACAAGCAACCCACCACCAUACAAACCAGAAUGAUCACACAAUGGACCGCACCUGACCUUGACCUAGAUGGCAAUCCUCAAGAGGGGUUUACUCAUAUCCUGGUGGCGUUGUACCCCGACCAGGAUGAACGUGGCGAGGUGUCGACGGUGAUGUCUUGUAUCACUGACAUAAGCGGGUUGAAGUGGUCGGAGAAUCAAUUGAGAAAGAGAAUGGAUCAGGCAAUUGAGAUGAAAACCCAGCAGGAACGCUUCGUUGAUAUGACCUCGCACGAAAUGCGCAAUCCGCUCUCAGCGCUCAUUGGUUGCGCUGAUGAAAUUACCACUUCACUCAAAAAAUAUACCUCCGAUCUCAAGAAGCCCUCGUCGAUCGAAAAUAGUUCUGCAAAUUCAAAUAUGGGGUUCCAAAAACCACUUCAUCUGCUGGAUGACGCCAUGGAAGCUGCCGAAAUCAUUAUUUACUGCGCUAUGCACCAAAAACGUAUUAUAGAUGACAUCUUAACUCUGUCUCGACUUGACUCCAAGCUCCUCUUGGUAUCUCCAGAGCCGUCGCAGCCGAUCCAGCUUGUCCGAGGCGCUUUGAAAAUGUUCCAAGCCGAAGUGAAGCGAGCAGAUGUAAGACUCGACUUCGUUGAACAGAAAACACUUCAACUCCUUGACAUUAACUGGACAUUGCUCGAUCCAAGUCGAGUCCUUCAGGUUUUCAUAAACUUGAUGACCAAUGCGAUAAAAUUCACGCGAAUAGAAGCACAGCGGCACAUCAAAAUCACCAUCGGAGCUUCUUGUAUUAAGCCAUCAGUGCCAAACGAAUUUGGAGUCGAAUACAUUCGCAAGAAUACUGACAGUCAAGAUCAAACUGGAAAUCCUGAGUGGGGUGAUGGUGAAGUCAUCUACUUCACAAUCGCGGUUACAGACACCGGCCGUGGUCUCACCAUCGAGGAAAAGAAGCGCCUCUUCAGCUUGUUUCAACAAGCUAGUCCGAAAACCCACGUUCAAUACGGUGGCUCAGGAUUGGGCCUCUUCAUCUCCCAGCAACUUGCUGAGAUGCAUGGCGGUGAGAUUGGUGUUGCCUCGGAAAGAGGAAAAGGGUCUACAUUUCAGUUCUAUAUCAAGACACGUCGAACGACCCCACCUCUGACAGGGUUGCCUGAACGAUCCGAUGUGCAACUUCAUGUGCGAGAAGACGAGCUAAGGGAAGCUUGCGGAGUAAAGUUGCCUGCGUUACUUGAUGAGCCGCAAUUGUCAAACUUGAAGAUAGAUGUCUCCCUCAGCCCCGUCCCCCAAGCAUCCCACCCACCAAGCAGCUUUCAUGUUCUUGUCGUAGAGGAUAACUUGGUAAACCAAAAGGUGGUCUCAAAACAACUUCGAAAGGCGGGCCACAUAGUCGAUGUCGCGAACCACGGAGAAGAGGCACUGGAUUUUAUUCGCCAAACAGAAUAUUGGGAAGGCUCGACUGGAGAAAAUGGGCGACUGCAUGUCAUUCUCAUGGACCUCGAAAUGCCGGUAAUGGAUGGAUUGAGUUGCGUGAAGAGGAUUAGGGAGCAUCAGGCACAGGGAAUGAUAAAUCACCACAUCCCUGUACUUGCUGUGACGGCUAAUGCGAGGAAAGAUCAGAUCAUGGCCUCGAUGGAGGCUGGAAUGGACGAUGUGAUGACGAAACCAUAUAGGAUGCAAGACAUGCUGAAGCAAAUAGGAUCACUUGUUGCAAAACAGGAUCGGCUUGAUUUGGCCGGAAAGUAA